AUCGAGAGCGAGUUGUUUAGUUCGUCAAGGAUUUCGUGUGAGUGUUCUGGAAUUUGGCCUAUGGGGUUUAUAUCGUAAAUAACUAAGAUACGAAAACUUCCAGAGUUGGUUUACCAUUUUAAGGAUUCAUUCAGUUACAAUAUCUGGCACCAAACACAAAUUUCCAGCCGCGGUGAGUACCCUUCGCAGUAAGCGGUCGAUCGCAUUUUUGCAAAACUUUUUAGUCUUGGGCAAAUUUUUCUUAUCAUGUAGAAUACUGAAGCAAUACGGACUAACUUUCGUCUUAUUGGCUAUGAUGUAUUUCGAACAUCGUCUGGAAUAAUUCGUAGUUUAGACUAACUGGAAUCUCUGUCCGUCGUACAACCUCUCGAUGGUUCGUCGAUAUGAUCAAAUUUCUUUUCGACUGAAAAACGUUUUCGGAAAAGAAUUAUGGUUUUUUCUUGUAAAUGAAGAAAUGAAUACUUUAAUCGUGACAUAUUUAAGUGACUGCAUGAUCCGUUGUUUGAACUGUGAAAAGGGAUGGAUGUUGUCCAAUUUUAGUAUGUGAUUGUAUGGAACACAGCGAACAUAUUCGUUCGUGACAUUUUUGACAAGUUGGGGUCACUCGUGCGUCUACGGAUAUUUCGUAUGAAGUAUUGUUCCAGAAGUGCGAGUGUGGCUUCCGCUUUCUUCGUAUGACGUGAACUAAACCAAAAGUAUUCUUCUCCAAGGAUCGCGAAGCUAUGUUGUACCGCUAUUUCAAUUAUGAUAAGCUAGUCUGAGCAUUUAUUUCCAUUAAAUUUGGUCUCGAUUUCAACAGCGCUCGCGUCGAACGUGGCAAGUUUAAUAACGUACCCAGUGGAGUCUUCAGUAUGUUCGCUUUUGGUUUAAUUUUUGAGCCGAUUUCUGUAUCAUUAUGAUAGACCUGCUCCGAAUGGAUCUGGUUAGGUUACAGAAUGCCUCGCUUGUUUACGUAAUAUACCUCACGCGCAGUUAAACAAAGUUAGGGCAAUCAGUUAGGCUUAGGGCACUUUGAAGUGUAUAUCACCUGAAAUUGAAAUUUUUAACCACAAACCAGUUGCGGCAAUUUGUCCUUGUUUCGGCAUUUUUGCAUGCAACGUCAUCUUAUUUUUCCUCUUGCCAUCUUCUUUUGUCAAUUAGUAACAUCCUUCAAUGAGACAAGUCGAUAGAAUGCAAGGCUAUUAUUCUGCAGUGUCUCUUGAGGUUAAAUUGAACUCUCCUAAAUAUUACUUAUUUGCACAGUGUAUUUUCAUUCAUCCCGUCUUUAAUUAAUCACAAUGUGCUCUUAUGGUUGAGGAUGGUAAUAUUGGAAUACUUCAAACUACCAUCUUUGAUUUAAUUCAGCUAUAUUUACUGAGGUCUUGUUUUGUUCCAAACCAGCUGCUAUGAUUUUAUAACAAAUUACUAUGUUUAAUUUAUCAAGGUCUUAAAAGUUUGUAAACAUCAUUUGGGAAUGGUUAAUUUAAAUUAUAUGACAAAUUCCAUAGUUGAUCAGGAUUAUCCAUGUUUUAACAUGUCCCAUGUAUGAGUAAAUUCUUAUUUUUGGAAAAAUUACUCACUGAUCUAGCUCAAAUGGUAAAACAAUUAUUAUUAUCCACAUGACAAAUAGUUGACCUGAGUUUGAUUAGAUACUGUGUAUCACAAGCUCUACCUUGUGAUCACUAAAGUCUUAUGUAUUAGCUUGUAUCUCACAGCUCGAUACCGCCUCACUAGGUGCAAAAUGCCACCAUUAGCACCCUUAAACCUUUAUGAAUAGAUUCUUUGUCAUGUGAACAAUUAAGGAAAAGGCAGCCUAAAAGGGGUGAAGAUGGAAAAUAUUACAUCAUUUAUCUAUACCUAAGGUGUAAGGGGAAAUUUGUGCCUCCCUCCAUCAAGGAAAAUAUUAUCUCUCACAGGAUUGUAAAGUCUGCUAAGGUUAGUUAUCAAGUGGGCAAUGUUUUAUUACUGACAGUGAAAAAGUUUGACCAUGUUUUAAUAAUAGGCUUAAGUCUUUCCUUAAAGACGGCAAAGAUAUUGACAAACUUAGGUUCUUAGUUUUUUACAAUGAAAUUAUCUCUUGUACACAGUAUUCCUUACAUGUAAUCCACACAAUUACAAACAGAAGGUUGGCAGAACAUUUUUCUGGCUAUGAAUAAUUUCUGGGGACCUUACAGAGGGUCAUUGUGACAUAAUUCUAUUUUAAUUUGAUUGACAUUUCCAUGGAAUAAAUUAUUGUUUAUGCUGUUUGAAAAUUUUUUAUUGGCCUUGUUGAGGAAUGUGUUUGGCUUAUUUUUAAUCGGAUUGUAAACAUGAAGUAUCAUAGGUUGAAAAUUUUCAUACGGCAACUUGUUCUAUUCUAGAAAUUAUACUUGACCAAUGUUUUGGUAAUGUCAAUAGUCAUGGAGGUCCAAAAGCUUUUUAUUUUAAUCUAAGUGUAUUCAAUAAUUAUGUUUUUUCAAUAUAUGAUAAUUUCAGUCAAAAUUAUAUAUUUCAUUAAAAUUUUAAAUUUUUUUCUGAUGUCUUAAAGAGAGGGAUUUUGUAGUGCUUUAGAUGUGGUCUUUGUAGAAAAACUGGUUUGAAUUUGAAUGUACAAACUGGUUUAAGUGCAGUGUUAUUAAAUGCAGAACUCUUUGUUGAAACAAUUUUAGUCUGGUGUUCAAUGAAAAAAUUAUGUUUCUAUGAAAAAUUUUGCAUAAAAUUUUGUAGUUAUCUUAAAUGAGACAGAAUGAGCCCUCAAGCGGUUUAAUCCAUGAAUUAUUUAAUUAGCUGAUCAUUAAUCCUUGUCUUAAAGUGCGUCUUUUUCACAGACUACUAAAAAUGGCAUUAAAAAGAGAUCUUCAUGUUCAAUACUAUUUAUCCAUCUUUUGUAAAUGUUGAAUUUUCCAUAUAUGCCAACUGAAGCUAUAUUAUUGCUCAGUCCAUAAGUGCAGAAUCUCUAUCAAUGAUUUUGUAUAACUGUUACAGAAUUAUGCUGCUUUGAAUUUUGUCACUGUGCCUACACCUGCACCUACUAAUGACUAUUCUAUGGUUAAUCUUCACAAUCUUGUACACUUAUAUCAGUAGCUUUCAUAGUUGAUGCAUGGACCAUGUCUUAGAGACCAGAUGUCUGUCUGCAUCUGAUCAUCAAUGACUCGCCAAUUACACAUAAUAACUGAAAAUGAAAACAAUGCUAACUUGUUCUAAAAAUGAUCAUGGUUGACCUGUAAUAGCUUCCCUCUUGCGACGUUUCUUUGUUAACACUGAUGAUAACCAUGAUUUUUUUUUCAAUCCUUUUUGGCCAUUAUGUCCUAAUAAACCAAUAUGAAACUGAAGAAUGUUAUUUUACACUGAUCAAUUUUAAAACAGGUAUGACAAUGAUAACUUACGCAUGAAUUACAUUACACAAACAAAGUAUUCAUGGAUAUGGACUAUGCUGUGAAAAUUUAAUUAGUGCACAAAAUUUUGACAGUUCUCUUUGUCUUCUUUCAGGUCAUUUAUAGUGCAUCAAUUAUACAGUUCAAGUCUUUUGUGUCUUGCUGAGCCCUUGACUGGUUAAAAAAGCUGCAUAUUAAAAUCUAUUGUUUAGAAUAGCAUGCCGAAAGAGAUGAUAAAUGGCUUACCUAGGGAAUCACUAGUUCUCAACAAAGUUGCAAAGCCCAAGAGAGUUGUUUCUGCUUUCCAUCAAACCAGUUUACCCAGUAGUAUAGUUAAGCAGAAUAAUACAGAUUUGUUUGUCAGAGGUGAUGACACUCAUGAGAAUGGUAAUGGAGUGGAAUCAUCUGGAACCCCACUUGUUAUGCGGAAAGAUCGUCUUGUUCAAGAGAUAGAAAACAGUCUUGCAGAAAUAGAGGACCAUUAUUCUAACACUAGCAAAUUAGAAGAAGAGAGGUCUGUUGUUGAAAUGGAAAGGAACUCUCUGCUAAAAGAUAUUGAAGAGACAAUAACAGAAAUUCAGAAUCAUGUGCUGAAUUCAUCUGAUGUGGCUUUUGAGAAAGAGGCUCUGCAGGAUGAGUGUGAUGGUUUGCGUGAUCAAGUGGAUCAUUUGAAAACACUUUUAGAUAAUUCAGCUGGCUUGGAAAAUGGUGAUGAGAAUGAUGAUUUGUCCCAUGAAUUAAAGCAACAAAACCUUGCUUUGAAAGCGGAUAUUGAGAAUUUAACUUUAGAAAAUGAACAAUUAAAAGGCAAAGGUCAGAAUACUAAUAUGGGUGAUCAUACAUCAAAUUUAUUGGCCAGAGAACUGGAAUUGUUACAUGAUGAAAAUGCAAACCUGCAAAAACUUCUUCAAAUGGCAGAGGAAUCAGAAGGCAGUAUUACUGAAGAACUGACAAAUGCUCAAUCAAAACAAGCAGAAAUGCAAAAGCUGAAUGAAAGCUUAAAGAAAGAAAAUAAAAAGCUGAAAUCCUUGAAAGAACAACUAGAAUUAGACAGGGAAGAGCUUGAGGAAGAGGUGGAUAGUUUGCAGAAGAGGUUGAGUAACAGUGGAGAUCAAAAUGGAAAUGUUGUAAUGCUGAAGGUAAAAUUUUUGAAUUUUCAAUUUCAUUUCUUGGAACUGAUUUUUAUUCUGAGGGAAUAGCGUUCACCUUCUUUAAGUAUGCAACUUAAUUCUAUAGCAUAUGAAGUUGAAUGUGGACUGAUGUUAUUGAACUCUCAUUGGCAGUUGACUUUAGAGUUCCAGUUUUGUUAUCACAACUAGAGGUAGAGAAAGUUAUUGCCAUUUCUUUUCAUAAAGAUCUCAUCUCAAUUUUGUUGAUAGUGGUUGUAUUGUGUGUGGAGUCUAUUUUCAUUUGUUCUAAUUAAGAACCAAAGUUGGUCUGAGAAGGAGAAUUGGCUGCCAUCAUCAACUAUUGGUUGAGCUAACAAUUCACCACUCUUUUAAUUUUUUCCUAGGAAUCAAAAGAAGAUCUAGCUAAAUCGGAAAGAAAGUGCACCCUACUUGAGAAAGAGAAGAGUGCAUUGACUAAGAAAGUUGAUCAACUUGAAAAAGAAAUACAGCAACUGAAGGAACAAAAAGAAAAGGUAUCAGAAAAUGCAUCGCCUAAACCCACUCAGAAUGUUCUACAGUUGAAGUCAGCUCUUGAAAAACUGAACAAGGAAACAUCCACACUUCAUGAAUCACUGGAAAAGGCAGAGAAGGAGAUAACAUCUCUGAAAGAAGAUCUGGAAAAGGAGAGGGAAGAGAAACAAAAGUGGAGAGCAAGUGCAAGUGAAAAGGGGAAAAAGCAGAAAAGUAAAAAAGACAAAGAGAGUGAAGUUAGUAGAACUAAUGAUGAUCACAGCAGUGAAGUGGAAGCUUUCAAGAAAGAAAUUUAUAAUUUGAAAAGUGAAUGUGAGUGUCUGUCAGAGACUGUUGCUAAGACUGCAAAUGAAAAACGUCAAAUGGCUAAAGAAAUGGAAGCACUUAAUCAAGAAAAGACAAAACAUGAAUCAAAACUUGUUGAACUUGAAGGGAUCAUUGAGGAGUUAACAAAAAUCAAGACAGAGAAAGAAGAAUUAGAGGGAACAUAUUCAAAUCUAAGAAAUCUUCAUCAAGAACUUGCUCAGAGGCUACAAAUCGCCAAUAAAAGCAACACUGAAAAGGAUGAAAUACUGCAGAGAACUUCAAGUGAGAAACAGUCAGUUGAAAAACUCUGCAAAGAAUAUGAGGACACCAUUGAAAAGCUAAAGAAUGACUUAGCCCUAUUCAAUAAAGAUUUAGUAACCAAAGAGGAGGAAGUAAAACUGAUCAAGAGAAAUUUGGAUGAUCAGAAGAGAGAGUUGUCUGCAGCUUGUGAAGAAGAGAAACAAGAGAAGCAUAAACUUCAUGAGGAAAUACAAGAAAUGUCUGCCAGAUUGAAAUCUUCUGAGGGAGAGUUAAACUCUGUACGUCAGUCUCAGGCAAGUAAAGGAUCUGAACUUCAAAACUUAAGAAUUAUGGUUGACGAGAUCCGAAAAGAGUUAAAAUUAACACAACAGAAUUUACGAGAGACAGAGGAAGCAAGACUUGUUGCAGAAGAAAAGGCUGAUUUGGCUGAGAAGGCCAAAGAGGAUUUGGAGAAGUCUAAUGCAGUUUUCAAUGAUAUGGCUAUGGAGAAAUCUCUAGAGCUCUCUCGAAUGAAGAGGAAUCUGGAAAAAAAGGUGGAGAAGCUUACAAAAGAAAACAGUGAACUGCGGAAGAAACUUGGACUUGACAUACCAAGCUCAACCAGGUCUCAGUCACCUCCAAGGCUGUCUCCUGUAGCUGUUCAAAUGCAGAAAAUCCCAAGCCUUGAUGUGAACUUGGAACACCUUUCUAAACCAUCCCAGAGACAACGCAAUAAUGGUCUGCAAAGGCAGUCUCUGGAUCAAAGUGCAUCAUCUCUACAAAGGGCUGUAAAUGGUCCAGUGUCUGAUAAGAGAUUAAGACGCUCAAGUGUGGAUAGUGACUCUGCUGUUGAUUACCAGAAUCAAAGAAAAUAUGUGGAUGAUUUUGUAAAACCUCUUCGAAAGGCAGAAGUUGUUAAUUCUGUUCCCUCAGAAUACAAGGUUGUUGCUUCUGAAGCUCCUUCAGUUCCCCCAAAGCAGCAGUUCACAAGCUCUGUUGUGCAUGUUAUGUCAUCACCAGGAGGUAGUCAAAGUUCCACAGCAGCAAGAGAGGAUUCUGGGUUCCAAAGAGCAAAUUAUGGUAAUCAUUGGAGAGAUAGUGAAAGAAGCAGGGAAGAAAGAAGAGUCGAGGAACAGAAAUGGGAGGAGAAAGAAAGGUAUAUGUGUAGAACAGUACCUAGUAAUUCAUUUCUUUUUUUUGUUGCUUGCUGAAUAAGAAAUACAUGUGUGUAUAUGACGCACCAACUCGUCUCCAUCUUUUCCUUGCUACAGUAAUUUAUUGCAACAAGAGAGAUGAUAAAUUUUAAGCUUGAUUACCAGUUACAGAUGGAUGUUUUUCAGUUUGUUCAUGAGGAUGGGAUAAAAGAAAGAUCUGAGUGCCCCAUAUGAAACUGAGCCCCAGAAUUUCAGACUCAAUAUCUUUCCUUUUCCCAUGCUCAUGACCUAAUGAAGAAAACUUGUCACAUGAACAAGAUAAAAGCUAAAAUCAGAUCAUCUAGGUUUUUAAUUCCUUGCAACAAGUAAUCAGUAAUCAUCAUUGUAAGUGUAAUUUAUACACUUGUGAUGUCCAGAGAUGACCAUGCUUUAUAUACAAGCUCUCUUUACUUUACAGGCCACCAGAAAACACAGUUAAACAAGACAAUAGUGAAUCUGCAUUUCAAGUUGUAGGAUAUCGGAAAGGUGGAAAAGUCAUUCACGAACACUGGGUGUGACAUGAAACACAUUACUCUGAAGGAGACAGUUUUGUUAUAGGUCUUGUGAGAACAGAAAAAGAGAUUGCUAACAAGUUAUGAAUUUUUCUCAACAACACUUUUGUUCUUUGUAUGUUUUUGUGUUUAGAUCAGGGAGAUACUUAAAAUGACAUACUCUGACUACUAAAUAUCAUCACUUACAUAUCAAAGAAACAGAUGUUAUCAUACACAGUUCUCCUCUCUCUCCCCUCCCCCCACCUUCAUUAGGGUUGCAAAGGGGUUGCACAAGGUUGCUGCAUAUGUCAUACAUACAUUACAUUGUUCAAGAACAAUAGGCCAUAGAGACUGUUUUGACUUUUUCUGGCAUCCAGUUAUAAUUUAGCAUCUAGUCUGAUUAUGUCUAAAUUGCUAUUUUGCAUAUAAUGUAAAUCAAGGGACUUUGAAUCUCUUUCUUUCAAAGAUAAUACAUGACAGAAUCCAAUGGAUUGAAUGAAAAGCAAUUGACUUAUCAAUAUUAACCAAGCAGCUCUGUUGUUUCAAGAGCAUUUCAAGCCAGAUCCCUGAAACUUCUGUGAAUCAGCAAUUGUGUCUUUUAAGAGUAGCAUCUAGAUGUGUAGGACAUGGGUGGAAGCAAAUUUUCAGUUAAUAGAGGAUAUGAACAGUUAAAAAUAAUGUGUGAUUAAGCUUUGUCAACAUUUAAUGCUGUUUUCAUGUUGUUGUACAUUGUAAUCGAAUAAGGAAAUCAAGUGAUUAAGGCUCUCUUAAGGAACCCUCCUGGAAGAUGCUCAUUUGUAACAAACCUUUUUCAUUGGACAAUCAUUACAUUUUGAUAAAAAACACUAGAUCUCAUUUUAUUACAAUGCUUUUCUUGCUUGGGAACUUGAUGUCUCUUUGCUAGAGGAUUUUAUAUACCAGUUCAUUGCCAUAUGUUAGUUUGUAUAUCACUUAUAAGAAGUAAGUGCUCCAUCAGUCAAUUUCUCAUAAAUUAUUGUUAGUUAUUUUUCACCUCUGGAAUUAAAGGGAUCAGGCAAUUAAUUUGUUGGCUAAUGAUUUUGUUACUGCAGGACUUCAAGGCAUUUUUCUCUUAUAGUGCAUAAUUUGCAUUAUUGGUGCUUAUUUCUUUUUUUUGUUUGUUUGUUUUGUUUUGUUUUUUUUUUUACUCUCUUUUUGCUUAAUUGCUUUUCAUUUACUGAAAAUCAUUUUUCCAGUUGACUUAUAUUUGCUUCAACUAAAGUUUAGGAUCUUAUUUUCCUUACACGUUACCACCAUGUUAAUAUAGAUCUUACAAUUAAUAAUAAUUUUGCAUACAGUGUAGGGCGUCAUAUUGAAAAAAGUUUUUGUUUAUUGAAAUAAGUUAAAAUUUGUUAGAUUCAUAUUUUGUAAAAUAUUGUAUAUUGCAUAAUUGAAUGAAUAUCAACAGCUAAUAAAGGGAA